UGAGUUUUCGUAGUCCUUAUUAUGAAAAAAUUAUAAGUAUUCUUGCCAUCAUUCAUUGUGUACUUUGUGGUUGAGUUCAAAAGAAAAUGUAAAAACUUUAAAUGUAAUUAAAAAGUUCUAUCAAUUUUACCACGACUCAUUGAUUUUGUAGUGUGAUUUUGAAACUGACAAAAUAAUUGGCAUUGGAAUAUACUUGCCUGAUUGUUCCGAUUACGCGGUUUAUUACAACACAAUUAUGUAUAUGUAUAUUAUAAUUACAUUUUCGUUUAAGAAAUACCUGUGGUAAGUGUAGUUAUAUUAGUUUUUAAAUGUUCAGUUUGUUUAGAUUCACGUGACAAUACAAAGACAUUUUGUUCACCAAGACUUCGUUUAGUUAUCAAGAAUCAGAAAGUGAAAAAAUCAAACAUUACUUUCUUUUCAGAUGGCACAUAUGAACUCUGCCCCGCAGUGUGUAGUCGCCAUAGAUAUAGGAAGUGAUGGAUGUGGAUAUGCUUUCUCCAUGGAUUAUCAAUUCAAGACAAACCCGUCUGAUGUUCAUGUACCUAGAUGGUCGCCAAGCACUGGUUCAAUGACAUCAUUGAAAGCUCCUUCUGCUAUACUGUUUGACUCGGACAAGACAUUUUCUGCAUUUGGGUAUGAUGCUCAAGAUAGAAUGGACGAAAUCCUUAAUUCUGGAGACCAAAAUAAUUGGUACUAUGUAGAACGGUUUAAAAUGGCAUUGUAUACCGCAGUAGAAGAGGGAGAGGAUGUUAGAAUGGAUUUUCUUAUACAAGAGAAGGGUAGCAAAGAAAUAUCAGCUAAACUUUUGUUUUCAUCUUGCAUCAAGUAUUUAAAAGAGCAUUUCAGGAAAACAAUUGAUGAAAGGCAGAUAGGAGUUCGGGAAGACAAGAUAAAGUGGAUUAUAACUGUACCUGCGAUAUGGAAUGACUCUUGUAAACAGUUUAUGCGAGAGUCUGCUACUGAGGCAGGUAUUCCAGGAGACCAGUGUACACUUGUGUUUGAACCCGAGGCAGCCUCUGUCUGUGCUCGAUUUCUUCAGGUGGAAAAGACUGAGAAUGAACAACACACGAUCAUCCUUAAAACCUUCCAACCGGGAACUAAGAUAUUGGUUGUUGAUGCUGGAGGUGGAACAGUUGAUAUUUCUGCCCAGGAAAUAUUACCUGAUGAUUGUUUGAACAUCAUCCACAAAGUACGCGGUGGGGAUUACGGUGGAAAUUCAGUGAAUAUGGCGUAUAGGUCGAUGUUGGUCCGUUUAUUCUCUGGCCCGUGUAUAAUAGCUUUCAAGAAGAAUCAUCCAAUUGAUUAUAUGGAUAUGAUGAGAUCAUUUGAAGAAAAGAAAAAGACAUUUAAACCUAAUGAUACCAAGGUCUGUAGCAGAAUUGCAGCAACAUUGUUGGAAAUAAGCGAGGAAAAUUGUCAAAGUAGCUUUGAAGAUAUUGCAAGCAAUUCGCAAUAUGCAAGAGGAGUCCACGUAAAAAGAGAUAAACUGUUUAUUGAUGUCAAAAUUUUUCUUGAAUUUUUCAAACAUUCACUAUCAAAACUUGUCAAAGACAUAAAUGAAGUCCUUCAACAUAAAAGAUGUCAUGGUGUCAGAGCUAUCAUGUUAGUUGGAGGGUUCGCUGACUGUGAACUAUUGUUUAAUGCAGUGAAACAAGCUUUUCCAGAUAAAGAUGUAUUUGUGCCUCAUGAAGGCAGUUUGUCAGUUCUCACAGGUGCUGUUAUUUAUGGUCACAUACCUAAAAUUGUAUCUUCACGUGUGUGCAAUUUCACUUACGGUAUCUCUAUUUUAGUACCGUUCCAACGAGGCAUGCCACAAGAGAAGAAGGUUAUACACGAUGGAAAAUUAUGUUGUGAAGAUGUUUUUAGGAUCGCAUACAAAAUAGACACUGUAGUCAAUGUAGGCCAUACAGAAAGGAUACCUGUAAGUACGACGUUCUUUGAUCCCGAGAUACAGCAUCUACGAAAACAACCAUUGUCAGUCUCUGUCUACAUAUCUGACAAGAGUGAUCCAAAAUAUGUGACUGACCAAGGAUGCAGAAAACAUUGCGUUUUUCAAGUACCCCCAGUUGAGGGUGAAUGGCCAAAAGAAGUCUAUGGGUAUAUUGAUUUUGAAAUAGCAGGGACGGAAAUGAUUGGUACUUAUGUUGAUCCAUACACCGGUGAUAUUGUCACAUCAGUGAAAAUUGAGUUUCUGCCAAAAACAGAAAACAAUCCCUCAGAUGACCAAAGGCGACGUAUUUACGAUCCUGAAAUGAGUAAUUCGGAUAAUGAAAUUCAAUAAGGAGUAAAAUUCAUUCUUCUAUAAUAUGAACUGAAAGAUAUAACAUGGUUUACCGUAGUUCAGUGUUUAAGAAACAUUAAUUUUAUUUAACAGUUUUAAAUACAUUUUUACAGCAACAAUUAUUAGAUUUUUAAAUGAUUUCAAUAGCUCUUGUAGUUCAAACUGUUUUAUGAAGUCGUUCAAUGAAGACUUUUUUCAGAAAAUGUUGUCUUUAAAUUAAUUUAAAUUUUUACAAUCAACCACUUGAAAAUGUGAGUGUCAAUACCACAGGAUAUAUAGGAAUGAUCGUUCAAAAUUGGAAGGUGAUCAUUUGCUGCUUCAUAUGUGGCACCCGUCGUGGUGCUCAUGUAAGUACAAACCCGGUAAACACGUAAUCUGGUAUGUCAAAUUUAAAGAGAAGAUGACGGGAUUACGGUUACGACAAUUGGAACAUAUUUGACCCAUA